CACUUACUUUAGAAUUGUCUGGUUGGAAAUGGCAUACAGGACGUCAAAGCGCAGUUUUUAUUUGGUGGUGUGUACACAACUGUUAUUGGCAGUCACUUGCGUAAAAGGCACGUCUGACAUGAGUGAACUCCACUUCGUAGUGGAACCUGGCAAUAUUGUUGUUGAAACCGGUCUCCCGUUCACUUGGGACUGCGCAGCUGGAGGCGAAGAUCCUGUCACGAUCACUUGGAAGAAAGAUGAUAUAAUAAUUAACAAUGACGAACACGUGCGUAUUCUUGCGAAUGGGUCACUAUAUUUUGACGCGACAAAGGAAUCGGAAUUGUCCGAAAGAUUCUACGAAGGCACAUAUACUUGUCUUGCGACUAACAGCUAUGGAACCAUAUUCACGUUUGGGAAUAUACAACUCGCCACACUGUCAAGGCCAAUACUGAGACCAAGAUCUCGCGUUGUUCUCGCGGGAAGACCUGUGCGACUGAGAUGCUUAGUGCAAGAAUCGAUUCCCGAACAUACAAUCUUUUGGCAGAAAAAUGGUGUCGACCUACCUAAGAGCUACAGAUACGUGGUCCUGCCACAGGGAGUUCUUCAAAUUAUCAAUUUUCAACCAAGCGACGUAGGAGAGUAUUCUUGUAUAGCUGAAAAUACUUUCUUCAGAAAAAUGAGUUCCACCGCGACUUUUAGUAUCCAUAACCGAGAGGAAUCCGCGUCUAAAGACGAGAGCUGUCCAGACAACAGAACGCCCAAGAUACUGUCCGCACCAAAUAGCAUUGUUUCGUUAUCUGGAACCAGUGUAACAUUGGAGUGCCUUGUUGACAGUUGCUCAACAGACGAAGCAGUGCCGUUCGUCACCUGGUACAAAGGCGGACUUCCGUUAUCAUCAAAUAAAUUUGUACCACACGGCGAGACAAAUCUAAAGUUAGAAGAAUUAAACAUUGCAAUGGCUGGUGUGUAUAAGUGUGAGGUGACCAUCCCGUCAAUGGAUAUCAAUCUUUUUGCUGUAAUAAAUCUGGAUAUUCUUGUACCGCCAGAAUUCCUGAGUGUGCCUGAAUCACAAAUCAUUCCGCUCCAAACGACGGCAAGAUUUACAUGCGUGGUAUAUGGUGUGCCGGAGCCUGAGAUAACAUGGUACUACAACGGUGAAGCUAUCCGAUACAGCGGCCGCUUUUUCAUGCCGACGAAUAGAGACUUGGUUAUUAGCAAUGUACGCAAGAACCCAAAGGAGUCAGACGAGGGCGUCUACCAAUGUGUGGCCGAAAAUAGCAGUGGACGGAUAACAGCUGUUGCUUUAUUGACGAUAGAGAUUUCCGUUAAAAACCCAAACGAACCGGUAAUUGUGUUUGCGGCGCCUGUGACUACUUCAUCAAUCGCUCUGGAAUGGGAAGCACCGCGUAAUAUAGAUGGAGAACAACUUAUAGCCUACAGUGUAUACUACCAGCCAAUAUACGGUGGACGGACUGGUGUCAAAGUGGUUUCCAGUGACGUCACAUCGUGUGUCGUACAUAGUUUGCUACCUCACACUAACUACAUACUAGAGGUAGUGGCCUUUUCAGGAGUAGCAGCAAGCCAUACUUCAGAUUCCGUGACAGUGACAACAACCAUUUUGGCACCAAACGAGACUCCCACCUUCAAUCUACUCGCCAUCGACAGUUCCAGUAUUGAGAUCACAUGGGACGUACUGGCGCAAAAUAACGGCAUGAUCAACCGAUACAAUAUUUAUUAUCGCAAAAAGACUGCGGACAGUUGUUCAAAUAUCGUGGCAGUCACUACAAAUGGCACAACAUACGAGUACACAGCGGAGGACCUGGAUCCUGAUUGUGUGUAUGAAGUACAAAUGGCUGCUUCAACUUCAGCAGGAGAAGGUCCAAAAUCUGCAUGGACCUCAAUAAAAACACUGAACCACCAAUCAGCUACAAUGCAAAGUAAUUUCCCAAGUCCUCCUCGAAAUCUUACGGCCUUCGCUGUGUCUUCUGAGUCUAUUGCACUGUGGUGGGAGGCGCCGCUGCUCAGGAAUACUAUCGAUGACAUCAUAUCGUACUAUGUACAUUACCAAGUCAACCCAGAUGGUGCCGAACACACUAUCACCGUCGACAGUGACGUAGACAGCUACGUGGUCAGGGACUUAUUACCCUUGACAAACUACACGUUCUAUGUAGAGGCGUAUACCAGUCAUGGAGUCAGUGAGCCAUCAGACACCAUCUACGAAGUCACCAUCAUGGAUGCCGAUGAGAAUACAGCUCCUAAUUUCACAGUGCAAAGCUAUAGUCCACGCAGUGCUUUAGUCGAGUGGGAUCUGGUCCAGUUCGAUGAGUGCAAAAAUAUCACGGAGAAAGGAGUCCGCGUUUACUAUCGGAAAAUCGGAGAGAAUACAACUAGCUACAUCGACGUCGAAGGAAGUCACCAAAGCCAUUUUUUUACUGAUCUAGAAGCAGGGGCUACCUACGAAGUCGAAUUGUCGGCCUCGGACUGUGAAGGCCAGGAGAGUAUUUCGCUGACAAAACAUGUUCUUAUACAGUGA